UUUUCCUGAUAACAUUAAGCUGGCUCUACACUGGUGCCAUGUUACAGUACACUACCAGUUAUGGGGACACCGUUAUAGGGGAACGCCUUACUUUUACUAUGACUUUUGGAAAACCUCAUUGUAUUUACAUUGUCGACAAACGACGUGAAGGCGUCUUAACGAUGAUCGAAGCGACGAAUAGCACCACAUUUUCAUGUCACAAUCGUGCAAACGACAUAUACAAUAGUUUGGAAGAGAUCAAAUUUCCGUACUUUGAAAAGCCCACAAAAUUACCGAAAGUGCAGAUCAGAGCAUGCAUCUAUCCAAACCAAACGUACGCAGAAAUAUUAAAGAGUCUGAACGUGGAUGUGGACUACUUACCUAAACUGGUGUUGUCAGAACUUUUUGCGUCUCCGCCAUUGCAAGCUUCUUUCUUCAGUGGACUUAGGAUCUCUAAUCUUGAAUUAAGUUACAUAGAAAAUACCCUGAUGCAAUCUCGGGUGCCAGACGACGUUGUCAAUUAUACUUCGACACUAAAAGAGUUUUACUUGAUCGGCGCUUUGCUGCCAACCUUACCAAACAACUCUGUACUGGAAACUAUGACCCUGGAUAGUGGCAAAUCACGCAACGCACUUGGCGGCUGCAGCCAUCUCCGACAACUAACUCUCAUUAACUGGAAUGUACACGGCUUCAACGUGGAAAAGGGCUGGCUUUCCACCUGCUAUAAUCUAACUCAACUUGUGUUACGUACUCCAUCUGUUGAUACUAUUUUCCGAGUGUUAACCAACGCUACCAGUCUUCGUAAACUUGAAAUCACUAAACUGCCAAUAAACAUGUUUGAAAUUGAAAUUUCCAUUACCAACGCAUUGUACUUGGAAAGUAUCAAGAUUCAUAAAUCCAGAAUAUAUCGUAUUGUAAUAAAAAAAGGUCUUCCGCUAGUAGCUGACAUAGAUUUCUCUGACAACGAUUUGUGGAACCCUGCUCAUAUACGUCCUAUGUUAUUACACGUACGGCUUCUCACAAACGCUACUUUAUCCAAUAAUCCUAGAUUGGACCUCUGUACGGCACAACCGUUAGAUGAAAACAUUUGGGAUAUAUGGAUGCCUAAUUUAAGAAGACUAGUGGCGACCCGUACUGCAACUACUACAUUAUGUUUUCAAAACUUACAAGCCCUAUCACUUUUAAUUCUUGACUUGUCAAGUUGCAACAUUAGCACAUUAGAUUUUACAGGAUUACCGAGAUUCAACAGCAGUCAACUAAAACUUCGUUUAAACCACAACGCCAUUGAAAAAGUCUCGUUUGAGCAUGCUGACUACAAGCAAUUACAACAGAACGAAAUCACGACUCAACCACGAGAAUUGAGUUUGCGUGAACUACAUCUACAGGGUAACCAUAUUAAGAACUUCACCGCCAACGAUCUGCCCGAAAAGCUUAGGUUCCUUGACUUAAGUUUUAAUCGCCUUUCUUACAUCGACAACGAAACAGCAACUGCAUUGUUCUCAUCAAAAAAGAGACAUAUCAAGCUAGCUGGUAACAGCAUCGUGUGUGACUGCCAGAACCAGGCUUUUCUUACUAUCUUGAAUGAACAUAAAGAUCAGGUGGACGACUACAACGAACUCGUCUGCAAAGAAGAUGGAAACUUAAUAAGCAACGUUACUGUUUCCACGCUCUGUGUCCUUGAGAGUCAACCACAGUCGAUACUUAUCAGGAUGUUACUGCCAGUCUUACUCGCUAUGAUAGGCUUGAUAGUCUUAGCUAUUGCUGUAUAUUUCCGAUAUGGAAAAGCCAUUAAGAUCUUCUUGUAUGCAAGAGGUUUGUGUCUCUGUUGCUUGAAGGAAGAGAAGCUCGACGCGAAUCGUCCAUUUGACGUUUUCAUCUCUUUCUCUCACGACGAUGAGGAUUACGUCUUAAAAAAGUUUCUGCCGGAGCUAGAAAAGGAACACUAUAAAACUUGUAUUCACAAUCGUGAUUGGAUCAUUGGCGAGUGGAUCCCGAAGCAAAUUUCGGUGUCGAUAGAAAUCUCGCGGCGUACGUUGAUAAUUCUGUCGAGGAAUUUCAUAAAAUCCGUGUGGGGGAUGCUGGAGUUCCGCAUGGCGCACGCGAGUAUGCUGAACGAGGGCCGGGCGAGGUUGAUAGUUGUGGUUUUGGAUGAUAUUGUGAAGGAGGAGCAUCUGGACCCUGAGCUAAAGAACUAUCUCCGAACCAACACGUACUUGGAGACUAGUGAUCCGUGGUUCUGGGACAAGCUGCGAUUCGCGCUGCCGCGACGGGGACUCUCCCCGCCAGAAACGAGUCAUGAGGUGCCAGUAGAUGUUCCUAACGAUUUUGGACCAUAUGGAGUUGUUAUGCCAGUUGUUCAGAGGAAUUUUAAUGACUCUGUAUUGUAACGUGUUAAGUGUAUCUUCGGAUAUGCGUUGCAUUUAAGUGAAUUGUAAGGAUUUUAAGUGUUGAUAUCGAAACCAAAGAUUGUAAUACCAAAAUAUUUUAUUCUGACU